ACGCAAUGUUCACACUUAGACUGGAGUGACUGGAGAUUGGACCCUUAAUAGUUAAUUGGCCAAAGAAAAUUAUCACUUACAAUUAUUAUGUUGUUGAAUAGCAAAUCGUAAUCACAAAAAGGUAAUAGGAAAUUGUGUAUUCAUAUUAUCAAAACGAAACAGCUGUAAACACGAUUUUGAUACUCUCCUCUCUUCUCAAUGGCGAGAAUUGCCGGCCGGGAGGUUUUCUGCUGAUAAGUGAUAACGUAUCUAUGGUUUAUUGAACAAUGCUCCUUUAAAUAUUGUAGUAUUUUUAUUAUUUUACUUCCGUGACGGUCACAGUAGUCGUAACUCGUAACACUCGUAACUUGUAGUUACCCAUAGCACGAUUAAUAGUCAGUAGUAGUAGACAUAUAGAUAGGUGCACCCUACUGUUGUACCACCUACUUAUCGAUAAUAAUACUAUAAUUACAAUAAUAUUUACCAUUUGGUUUGAGACGAACAGAUAACGUAAAUAAUAAAUACUACUGCGCAAACAUAAUACCUAAUCACGUUCCGAUUCUAUCGUUUUUACCCUCGUUGACGACUAGAAAUUUACGUUAUCGAGCAAUGAAUGACGCCGCCGGUGGUCGACAGUCAAAGCUCGAAGAUCUGGAUAUCACCAAAGAGGAAUUGGACAAUAUCGGCGAAGCGUUGAAGAAUGAACAGUUCCGGAAACUGUUGUGCGAGUAUGUGGAUGAAAUCAACGACCCGGAGAAUCGAGCGCAGUACGAACGAGAGAUUGAACAGUAUGAACUGGAACGUGGAACUAGUGUGACGUUCGUGCGUCCUCGACCCGGAUACGUGUUGAAGACGAGCGUCAACGGCGUGCGAAAGGUGUUCGUAAAUGUGUGCUGUUGCGAUGUGCUGCAGAAACCGACCAGCCGCUCUGGCAGCGGCGGUGAUCACUGGUCCCUGCCACACUGCCUGUCACCAGUGCGCCAAGAUUACGACAAGGCCCAUAAACCGUGCGAUGUGUACGAUGUGGUAUUUCAUCCGGACGCUCUUGAAUUGACCAAGCAUGGCAAGAGUCUUAAAGACAUGGUUGAAGAUACGGCACUCAGUAUGAUCGAGAAGAACAACAAUGUGAUUUUGGACAAGGCUAAUAUCAAGUAUCCAAAAAUUGCAUUCAAAGGUAUUGCUCGGUCAUUGGUUAUACGUAAACCUAUCAAGGAUUUCCAGCCAUCUCCCGAAUUCCAAAAUUCAGAAUUACCCGGGUGUCCUUAUAAGCCACCAGUCGAUCGACCGGUUCAACAUCAUGAUCUGGGUUCGUUAAAACAAAAAUCACUAUUUACUGUUCCUAAGUAUAUAAUAAAAUAUCGAAACGAUAUAGACAUCCAAGAACAUGGAUAUAAUAUGCAUUGUAAAAUGAAUGCAGUCAUACCAAAAGAGUUAAUUAUUGAAAUUAAUUUGCCGCUUUUGGAUUCUUCGGCUAAUGUAGAACUUGAUGUCCUCCCUAAGACUUUGAAAUUAGUUUGUCAUAAGCCUUCAAAAUAUAAACUUGACAUAAAUUUGCCUUAUAGUGUACUGGAAGAAGAAGGUAAUGCUACAUUCGAUCAAAGCACUAAAAAGCUUAUUAUACGCCUUCCGGUAUUGCGGACAGAGCCAUCACUCGAGUAUGUAAAGCAUCUUGUUAGUGAGAUUGAAAUGUCCAAAGAUGAAAAUGAUCAUGACUUAGAUGUUGCAAAUGGUCAUUUAAACAAGAUUGUAAUUGAUAACGAAAUUAACAUUAAUGACCAAGAUUGUAAUACUAAGAAUGUUAAUAAGGUUAUAGUCACUAAUGGUAAUGAAAAUGUAAACACAAAUGAUCUUAAGGAUAACACUUUGUAUAAUAAUUGUAAUAAUAAUAGUAUCGUUGAAAAUGAUGUACAUUAUAUCCUGCCAGAACACGAAUUUAUUUUUGAAAAUAAAUGUUUUCUUACGCUCAAUGUAAAAAAUGUUGAUCCAACAUCAAUUGAUGUGAUAGUUAUUAAGGACAAAAAUUUGAUCUCCGGUAAAUUUCAUUCCAUUGGUUCAGGAUUUUUUCCUAUAUGGUAUGCUUUUUGCUUAAAAAUUCCAUCCGAAUCGAGCUUAUUAAAGUCUGACAUAAAUGUAUUACCUUCUGAUAAUAAUAUUAUAAUACAUUUUUCUACACGUUUUAAACCUGAAAAUAAUCAAUAUUGGUAUGGCCUUAACCAAGAUAACUUAAUAAUUCAGUGUAUUAAAAUGGAAACACUCAAGGAAAACUCAAAACCUUUAACCAAUGGUGUUAUGUUUCCUCUCAAUGACAGUGAUGAUGACAAUGACGAUGAUGACGAUGAUGUACUUGACAAUAGUAAAGAAGAUGAAUCAAAUACUCAAAAACAACAAGGAAUCAAGAAAAAUAAUGACAACUAUCAGUGCAAAGAUAAAAAUGGUAAGACAACCAAAGAAAAAAAGAAAAAAAAGAAAGGAAAGAAGAUUCAAAAAUCAAAUGCCAUACCAAUAGCUGUUGCCAACAGUUUACCCGAAUCUAGAAAAACAAUAGAUUUUGUGCCCGGCUCGUUGCCAAUUGAAUUUAAUAACAUCAGACCAAAAAUUCGUGGAAUAUUAAAAAAACGAGCUUUGUCUGAAUGUAGUAACGUAGAUGACGUAAGUUUAUCUCCUCAAAUGUGUAGUUCAUCUGUGGAUAAUGUAGACACUGAAAGUUCAGAUGUGCUGGGGUCAAGUUUAAAUGAUUUUAAUUCAAAAAAAACAGUUCGUUUUAAUGAUCAUGUCAUUGAAAAAAAAAUUAACUUUAAUAUAAGUAUAGCAGCACAAGCAAAAAAACACAGACAACGUCAGCAGCGUAAGCGUAAUAUACGAGAAUAUAAUACUCCCAGUGAAAGUGAAGCAUCUGAAGCUGAAGACAGAGCUUAUGGGCCAUUAAAUGUGGUUUCAGAAAGUGAAGAGACCAGUGUAUCAGAAAGUAGUGCUGGCGAAAUGUCUGAUGACAAUAGUAAUGGACCAAAAAUAACUUUAUCGUCAAAAGUCACUGUUGUUGCUGACUCUAAGAAAGAUCAUAAACGACGCAAGAGUAAAUCAGCCAGGAAAAACGCUUCACUUGCAAAACAGGCAUCGACCAACAAUUUGAUAUUUCCUAUUGAAUAUUGAACAAUAUUAAACAUCAGACCUCUUUUAUAUCACUUAAUACAAUCAUUGAAUUAUACUAUGUAAAACAUUUAUAAAUUAAAUUACUUUAUAGCUAAUGUUUAUUAGAUGUUUUUUUUAG